UCCCGAUGUAAGCAACUGACUGAACCGAACCGGGACCGGCCCGGGGGCGGGGCUAGUGAGCAGCAGCACAGGCCCAGUGAUACUCACAUAUCGGCUCAUCCCUCCCCCUCUCCCCUCUCACGGUUCCGCUGCUGCUCCGGGGGCUCCUGGGUACGUGGGGCUGGGGGAUGGCUGCUGUCUGGCAACAGGUCCUGGCUGUGGAUGCGAGGUACAACGCUUAUCGCACACCUGCACACCCGCAGUUCCGCACGCAGUACAUCAGGCGGCGCAGCCAGCUCCUCCGUGAGAAUGCCAAGGCCGGCUAUGAGCCGACGGUGCGACGGCAGUACCUAAAGCUACGCAGCCAGCUCCUGGCACAGCGCUACGGCCCCCUGUCCGAGCAGAGCAGCUUCCGAGCCCACAGCAACAGCAUCCGCAGCUCCCGCACCACCCUGGAUCGCUUGGAGGAUUUGGAGGAAGAUCCUCGAUCCCAGGGUUCCCGCGGGCACCGACGCUCCGUCAGCCGUGGCUCCUACCAGCUUCAGGCACAAAUGAACCGCGUGGCACAGGACGACAGAGCUCCGGGCAGCUUGGUGCCAACCCCGCUGGCAGAGGCGAGUCGGGCAAUGGCCGGAGAUACCACCCUCAGUGAGAAUUAUGCCUUUGCGGGCAUGUACCAUAUAUUCGACCAACAUGUAGACCAAGCAGUCCCCAAGGUGCAAUUUGCUAACGACGACAAACACCUCCUGGCUUGCUGCUCCCUGGACGGUACCAUCUCAGUGUGCCAGCUGGUGCCCACCCCUCCGACUGUGCUGCAGACUCUGCGCGGGCACACCCAAGCCGUCAGUGACUUUGCCUGGUCCCUGUCCAAUGAUAUCAUCGUCUCCACCUCCCUGGAUGGCAGCGUGCGAAUCUGGAACACGCAGGAUGGGCGCUGCAUUCGCCAUAUCCCCGACCCAGACAGCGCCCAGUUGUUGUGCUGCACCUUUCAGCCAAUCAAUAACAAUCUGACAGUGGUUGGUAACGGGAAGCAUAACGUCCAUGUCAUGAACAUCUCUACCGGGAAGAAGGUGAAGGGAGGAAGCAGUAAGCUCACUGGGCGAGUGCUUUCCCUGUCGUUUGACUCCGCUGGGCGGAUCCUUUGGGCCGGUGACGACCGCGGCAGCAUUUUCUCCUUUAUCUUUGAUAUGGCGACCGGCAAGCUGACCAAAGCCAAGCGCAUUGUGGUGUCGGAAGGGAGCGCCAUAAGCAGCAUCAGUGCCCGUUCCUGGAUCAGCCGGGAGGCCCGGGACCCCUCGCUGUUGGUCAAUGCUUGUAUCAAUAAACUACUGUUAUACAGGGUGGUGGAUAAUGAGGGCACCCUGCAGCUAAAACGAACCUUCCAGAUCCAGCAGACGUCACACGCCAUUCGCAGUAUCUUCUGCCCCCUCAUGUCCUUCCGGCAGGGAGCCUGUGUAGUGACGGGCAGCGAGGAUAUGUGCGUCUACUUCUUCGACGUGGAACGCGCCACCAAAGCCAUUGUGAACAAGCUCCAGGGCCACAGCGCCGCCGUCCUGGGGGUCAGCUUCAACUGCGACGAGAGCCUGCUGGCUUCUAGCGACGCCAAGGGGAUGGUGAUCAUCUGGCGCCGGGAGCAGAAAUAACCGCGGGCACCCAGCACCCUCACACUACAGCCCCUCCCACUGUACCUUUAACUCCUGUGCAUUCAAUAAAUAGAUCCCACCCCCCAA